ACGGAGUGAUCCCAGCAGCUCCAGCGCAACGGUGGUGGUGGGGGGGGGGGCACACAGCCCUGCCUGUUUGCUGCCUGCCAGCAGCCUCAUUAGGCCACCGGCAGCUCCGCCACAAGGACCAUGGCAAGUUCCCAGCUGGCCCAGACCACCCCAGGCGGCAGCCAGCAGCAGUAGCAGCAGCAGCGGCAACCACCUUGCUCAGCACAAAAGCCGAGGCGCUUGGAUCUCGCAAGGAGGGACGGCUGAGGGACUUCCUGCCAUCCCCGCCUGGAGCGAGCGGGGAAAGGAGCAUCCUCGUCUCACAAGAGCGGCCCUUCCCUUGGGCGGGGGAGCGCGCGUGGAGGAGAUCAACUGCGUGGCUUCGCCGUUCCCGAUCCCGAGGCUGCUGCGCGUGGUGGCGGCGGCGGCGGCGGCAGCAGCACCGCAAGGGCUCCCGGGCGAAGGAGAGGCAGCGGGUCUUCUUCAUGCGCUUGCCUUUGGUCGCGGGUUGGGCCAGUUGCGAAAUCCCCCGCGCCCGCCGCCAGAUUCAAUGAAGAAGCGCCCUCCUCACCUCCGCGUGGCUGCUGCUGCUGCUGCUGGAUUAGACUCGGGUGGCCCGCGGGAGGCAAGCCGGAGUUAAGUCUGGGGCAUCGGGCACAGCACAGGGCAAGAAGGGGCUGCGGACGGGACCCUCCAGAGCUCAGCGCUGGGCAGGUGGGCUUCCUUUCCCGCCGGAAGGUCGGCGACGCUCCGCUUCGGUCCCGACUCGGUGAAAGCGGAGAAGCCGGCCAGCGGACACACCUUCUCACCCCCACCCCGGCGGGACCGCAAGGGAGCCGAGCACCCCCGAGCGAGCGCGCAGAGAGAGGGAGGGCGCUUCAGGCGAUGGGUCGGCCGGGCUGAGGGACCGUUGCCUCUCCACACCAAACUCCAGGCAGGGGCAGCUCUCCCAUUUCUGGCGAGGGGGAAACACAGCCCGUCGCCGGGACCCUUCGAGUCUGUUCGGAGCGCUUCUCUGCCGUCGGAGAAGUUGGCCGCGCAGGGAAAUGGGAUUACCGAGAGGGGGAAAGAUGGCUGGAGCGAGAUGGGCAGUCCGCCUCUUCUUCUUCUGUCAAGUUGCCUUUGGCCUCUACUUUCCCAAGAAAGACUACUAUGAGACUGUCUACCUUGAUCAACCCAGGGGAACCACCCUAUUGCAAAUGAAUGCCUUGAAAGAUUCAGAGGAUGAAAAAGUCUACUUUUGGCUAUGUCCACAGCUCCGUGUCUCACGAUUCGGAAUGAGAGAUAAUCUCUGGUUUCAAAUCCAAGGGAAAACAGGACUCCUCUUCCUCAAUAAGAGUUUGGAUAGAGAAGACUUUGAUACACUGUUUGCAGGGAACUGGGUGACAGUGCCAAAGCUGAUACUCCAGAUUUACCUCUCCUCUCAACCUUUCCAAGGGAAAGACUGCCCAGAUUCAUAUGCCAAAGUUCACCUCUCAGUCAUCAAUGCCACCAUGCCGGCUUGUAGUUCUCUGGUGCCAGGACAGCUGUGUUUUGCUGAUAUGGAUCUGUCUUUCCACAUCAAGGAAAACAAGCCCCCAGGAACAGUUUACCAGUUCCAGUCAUCAUCUCUACAACAACAGUGCCAGAAUGUGAGCAUUUCCUACAAGGUGAUAGCAGAUGAAGGCUUGCCAUUUCAUUAUGAUGAGGACACCACAAGCAUUAAUGUAACACAGUAUCUGGAUCGGGAGGAACGAGAGAAGUAUCAGCUGAUUGCUAAGUGUAUAGUGAGAGAAGGUUCUGAAGAGACUAUCAAGGAGGUGCCUUUCCUUGUAAAUGUACUAGAUGAAGAUGACAUGCCCCCCUUCCUUCCCAACGGCACGAACACAGCAGAUGCUGUGGUGGAGUUCAUCAGGAAAGAGGGCACUGUUCUGGCAGCACUGAUGGUCUAUGAUGCAGACACCACACCUAUUUUCCCUAGAGAGAGUAGCAGAAGAAAAUAUACUGGCACCAUCAGCACAUCUGAUCCAUGGAUAAAAGAAAAAUUUCGAGUGGAGCAUUUCUUCCACGAGAUCUCUUUCAGCCCAAGUGGCAAUCAAGUGAGAGGAACACAACAUGAAUACAAACUGGUGUUAAAUAAGAGCAUUUCAAUUACUGAAAGACGCUCCUUCCAGCUGGAUGUUGUUGUGAAUGAUACAGAAUACAAGGGGCCUGACAAAUCCCUGAUGCUCCACUUCAAUGUCUCAAUUCUUCCAAUCAGCAUCCACUUUUCAAAUGUGACAUAUCAUUUCAAAGUAAACAGAAAUGCUGCCAACUUUUCACAAAUAGGAAAAAUCUGCAUCGACAACUGUAUGAAGUUCUGUGGUGUCAACAUCACAUACAGCUUAAAGACUCCCAAUGUUAGCUGCUAUGCUCUGAAGAUUGCUCAGGGAUGGGGCCAUGAAGACAAGUAUGGAAGCCUCUAUGUGAAUGAUUCUUCUGUUCUGAGGAGACCUGACUGCAAAGAAAUACAGUAUCCUGUGCUAGCCAAAGAAGAGCAGAGCAAGCAAGAAUCUCACACCCGUCUUACAAUUGUGUUAGAGGGAGCACUCAUACAGAAUGAUGAAGACUGCCCAGAGUCUUGUGCUAUGAGCAAGAGCCAAUCAGAGUGUGAAGAGUGCGGUGGCACUGGUGUACUAAUGGGGAAGUGCCAGUGGAGACAGGGAGAUGGAAAAGGAAUUACUACAAACUAUUCUACAUGCAGCCCCAGCAUCAAGUCCUGUCCAGAUGGCAUCUGUGAUGCUGUUGAGAGCAUAGAUGAAAACAUAUGUCCUCAAGAUUGCACAGCUAACGAAAUUGUUGGUGGCCAUCAGAGAGGCAUUCUUGGAAUUAAGGCAGGACAUGGAGUCUGUCAUUGCUUUCCAGGAGGACCCUGCUAUUGUGAGAAAGCUGAUAUCAGAGAACCAUUUUGUGAUGAGAUGUGCAAAACUGUGAUUGCAGGGGCAGUUCUGCUGUCCUUCAUUAUUUCUGUGCUCCUUUCUUCCUACUUCAUCCAUCGUUACCACAAGAAUUCUCCAAAGCCACCUAUUGCCUCAGCAGAGAUGACCUUCCGGCGACCAGCCCAGUCCUACCCUAUAAGCUACUCAUCGACUAAUGUCCGUCGGCCAUCCAUGGACUCUGAGAACCAAGUAUCAGUAGACACAUUUAAAAUACCUGAGGAUCCAAAGUGGGAAUUUCCUCGGAAGAACCUGGUGCUUGGCAAGACACUCGGAGAAGGAGAAUUUGGAAAGGUUGUUAAGGCAACUGCAUUCAGACUCAAGGGAAAGGCUGGAUAUACCACUGUGGCAGUGAAAAUGCUAAAAGAAAAUGCUUCUAAUAGCGAACUGAGAGAUCUGCUUUCUGAAUUCAAUCUUUUGAAACAGGUCAACCAUCCACAUGUCAUCAAACUUUAUGGAGCUUGCAGCCAGGAUGGGCCUUUGUACUUAAUAGUGGAAUAUGCCAAAUAUGGCUCCUUGAGGAGUUUUCUAAGGGAAAGCCGGAAAGUUGGACCCAGCUAUGUGGGCAAUGAUGCCAACAGAAAUUCCAGCUACUUGGACAAUCCAGAUGAGCGAGCCUUAACCAUGGGUGACCUAAUCUCAUUUGCAUGGCAAAUAUCUCGCGGAAUGCAAUACUUGGCUGAAAUGAAGCUUGUACAUCGUGAUUUAGCAGCCAGAAAUGUCUUAGUAGCAGAAGGGCGUAAAAUGAAGAUUUCAGAUUUUGGCCUGUCGCGAGACGUUUAUGAAGAGGACUCUUACGUCAAGAGAAGCAAGGGCCGGAUACCUGUAAAAUGGAUGGCAAUAGAAUCUCUCUUUGAUCACAUCUAUACAACACAAAGUGAUGUAUGGUCAUUUGGAGUACUGCUAUGGGAGAUAGUCACCCUGGGAGGUAAUCCCUAUCCAGGUAUUGCUCCUGAGAGACUGUUUAACCUCUUAAAAACAGGAUAUAGAAUGGAGAAGCCAGAAAAUUGCAGCGAGGAAAUGUACAAUCUGAUGCUUCGAUGCUGGAAACAAGAACCAGAUAAGAGGCCAACGUUUGCUGAGAUCAGUAAGGAAUUGGAGAAAAUGAUGGUAAAGAGUAGAGACUAUUUAGACCUUGCAGCUUCCACUCCUUCGGACUCCUUGCUUUAUGAUGAUGGACUCUCAGAAGAGGAGACACCUCUCGUGGAUUGUAAUAAUGCUCCCCUCCCUCGAACCCUCCCUUCCACAUGGAUUGAAAACAAACUCUAUGGCAUGUCAUACCCGAACUGGCCUGAGGAGAGCCCCGUUCCACUCACAAGAUGCGAUGGCCCUAAGUCUGUGUUUUCAAGAUAUGCAAAUGAUAGUGUAUAUGCUAACUGGAUGGUUUCACCCUCAGCGGCAAAAUUAAUGGACAAGUUUGAUAGUUAACAAUUUCUUGGUGAAAGGUAAUGGACUCAGGAGGGGAACAAAUGUCCAAAGAAUGGCCUUUCCUUUGGCUCAUUCUUUGUAUAAUAACAAUUGGGUAAAGCAACAGGAAUUUCUAGAAUGGGAAGUUUCCCCCUACUUUUUGGUAGUUUCUAAAGUGUUUUCUCUCUUGUGAUAAUCUAUAAUUGACUUUCUCCCCUUUUAAAAGCAUAUCAAACUGGGUCACAUUCCAGUUCCAGUGCUUAUUUUGGUUUUUUGCCAUUCUCCAAGUAGUCCAGUUUGGUAGCUAUGUAUUACUUGUGGCUGGUGGACUUCAUGCUUUCAGUGUAUAGGGCAAUGAAUGGCACAGUACUGGAACAGUCAUAAAGGGUGGGUGGGAGAGAAACCCUGUUGCAUUUUAAACUUCUUUUUCUGUGGUCAUUGCUAAGAAGAAAGCAAAUUGAUCAAAGCAUGAAGCACAAAUUAUAUGAUGGGAACAAUUUUCUUCAAAAAUUCCUGGCUUGCUCUAGAGUUAAGUGUUACCAUGUUGUUGGCAGUAAUGAAUCCUGAGUUAAUGGGGGUUUGGAACCAAGAGCACUGAGUGAUUCAGGUCAGUGCUGAGAUUUUGGUAUUUGGAGUCUUGCAAACCUAGAGAAAUAUAUUGUUCUGACUUAAUGAGAAAAGAGCAUAUUUAAAAUCAGGGUUAAAUUGUUCUUACCUUUUUAGCACAAUGGGAAACUUUGAUACCAGUUAUACUGUUUUAGAGACUUGAUCUCAGAGUGCCCUCCUGACACAACUUAUUUUCCUUCAUAUUCAUUUUACUGAGAUGUCAAAAUCUGCUCAGGAUGUUUUGAAAUGAACUAAACUAAAGCAAAGGGACCUGGUUUGCAGUCAUGUCCAGUGGGUUUCAAUUCUCUCAGCUCAAAGUCUUAAUUUCUACCAUCCAUUGCACAGCCAAUAGGAUUGAACAGAUGCAUCACUGGUUCCUUUUAACCAUGGUAAAUAAUUUGAGAGCCAGCCUCGGGAAUGCAUGUGGCUCUGCUCUUUAGAGCAAAUCCCCACCCCAAAUGCAGUGAAACGGUUGUUUGACACCAUUGUUAACCAUACUUAAAGUUAACCAGGGUUCCCCUUAUUGCAGGAUCCCAAACCCAUUUCAACCCAUAGUUUCAUGCUGUGGUAAAAUAGGGACCCUGGUUAUCCUUAGUCACAGUUAAUUUUAGUGCUGAUAAACUGACUGAAAAAGGAAAGGAGGUCAUGGGGGGAAGUGGCACAUUCCUGAGGUUUUCCAGGUUAACUACAGUUAACACGAAGUCAGUGAUGAACCUUUACUAAUUCCUGGAGAAUAUUUGACAGCUCUAGAUAAUUUUUAUUUUGCAAGUUGUGUGCAGACAUUUUUUUUAACUCAGUAUAGUCUCUAUUUCUUUUUUACUUGCUCUCCCCCACCCCCCGCAAGUAUGGAAAAUGAAUCUAAGGGACUGAAGUCCUGCCCUCUCCACCCACCCAGAAAAAGAAUAAAGCUGAUAAGGGAUGUGAUGCUUUAACUUUGGCAUGGUGUUUUGGAAGAUGAUCUGACUCUUACAGAGCAUAUGUAAAAUGGUUAACAGGGCAUUACACUAUUGUAUUUUGUUUGUAAUUUCAUAAUGUUGAAGAGAGCGGCGGACAUCAUGUUUUUCUAAAUAAUGCUGAAAUGUCAAUCCAAUAUGUGUUUAUCCUUUUUUGGAUACUCUUGCAUAAUCAAAAAUUAUACCAAAGUAUCGCUUCUGUCUCUUAGGUUUCUGCUGUGUGAUUCUGUGUGUCUCCAUUACAUGUCCCUAUUAUUCCAGAAAUCAAUGAGUCAGAUUGCCAAAAACUGUAAUCACUCUCUUCAUGCAAGAGUCUGAACACCUCAUUUGGAUAAAAUGGUCUGAAAGUAAACCUGUUCUCAGACAAAGGGGCAGGGGGAUGUUUUCUUUCUGUAAGCUAAUGACUACACUAGACACUGUGUUUACAAAAAAUAUAUAUAACUGCCUACAGAGAUGUGAAACAGCCCUGAGUAUACUGUAACAAGCACUCAUCUCAACUAAUAAAAAUGUAAAUGUCAAA